CAGAUAGCCGGGGACGGUCUUGUUCUGUGUUGCCCUCUUGUGAUGAAACUAAUCUGCUCUAUGUUUCAUCUUCAAGGGCAACAUGCAGCUUGCCACCUCCCCAGCGCGUUUAAAGGACGGCACCGUUCCCGGGGCUGGUCACACGUGCCUUCCUGCAGGAUGUGUUCUGAGCCUGGGGCCGGCGGGCCGCCCUCCUCUCCGCUCGGCCCAGGAAUGCAGGGCUAGGAAAAUUGAGCCGAGUCGUCUCAUCUGGCUACCACCCCAGGACCAGCGGCCCCAGGACCAGCGCCCCACCUGCUGGCGCCAGCACCUCCCCACGCGACAGCCGCAGCUCCAUGGACCAAACACAAAGAAGAAUGCUGGGCCAGCUCCUUCCCAUCCCCGCCACCCAGCCCAAGAAGAAAAGGACAUGGAUGACAUCUUUCUUUUCCAAGGUCUCAUGGAAACUGAGGUUCCAGAAGUGGGAGCCUCUGAAGAAUGUGUUUUUCAUCCUGGCAGAAAGGGCCCGGGACCCCAGUGCUAGAAAGCGUCUCAUGGCCAUGAGAGGUCUGGGGACCAUAGCCCGUGAGAAACCCCACAAGGUGAGAAAGUAUAAGAAAAUUAUGCUAGACCUGCUGGUCCACGGAUUAUAUGACCCCAUGAGCUGUGACGUCAUCCAGGAGAGCAUGAAGUCGCUGACCAUCAUCCUGGGCAAGAUCCAAGGGAAAGGCUUGGGCUCCUUCUUCGUAGACAUCACUCUUCAGACCAGGACUCUAUUAGAUGAUGAGCAUGACAGCCUGAGAUACUCGGCCUUUGUCUUGUUCGGGCAGUUGGCUGCCUUCGCUGGGCGGAAAUGGAAGAAAUUUUUCACCUACCAAGUUAAGCAGACUCAGGAUUCCCUCCUGAUCCAUUUAAAGGAUAGAAAUCCCCAGGUUGCCAAGGCUUGCAAAGCCACGUUUCGAGCCUGCUCUCCCUAUCUGAGACAGAGGAGGGAACACAGCUUCCAGAGUGGGGAAGAUCAAAGGAACCCCAAGCUCUGCUGGCAGCUGAGCCACUGCCAUCCAGAGCUCCUGCAGUACUUCUAUGCCAAUAAAAUUCUGUGAACGCGGAGCCGCAGGGGAAUGGUUCCACUUGAGCCCUUUGCAGGGGGUGGGGGCUGCUAUUGCCCUCUUCUAACUCUUCAGAUGUUUCUGCUUGCCUCUUGUGACUGUAACAGGAAAGGGGGUGCUGGGAGGGCAGUUAGUGGCAAAAAUAACACUGCAGAACUGUACGAUUAUAUCCCAAGUAAGUCUGAAUUGCUUCCACACGUCAGUUCCUCCCAUACACGUUUGAUGAGAAGGAACAUGCUUUCUUCAAAACAUGUAAAGUCUGUGUUGAUUCCGUGCUUGCGUCUCAGCUUUUUCCUUGUGCUCAACAUGGUCACUUAUCUUCUAUUCUCCAUUUUAUUUUAAUUUCUGAGGCUUAGAAGAAUAACAUGCAUCUUAAGUAAUUUUUAACCUCCUAUGGAUACAUUGCUAUUUGCUCCUGAUACAUUUUUUUGGUAAGACCCAUUUAAAGUUGGUGAAGGUCCCGGGGAGGUGGUUUGGAGGGGUGUCUUCAGUUUCUCAUGAUCCUCACCAGCCAUCGCCUCCAGCAUUCCUAACAAGAAUUAAUGAA